AUGUGGUUCCUGGUUCUGUGCCUCGUCCUGUCUCUGGAGAAAUAUGGUGCCCUUCCCUUCAUCCAGUCCAGGAUCAUUGGAGGCUGGGAGUAUGAGAGACAUUCCCAGCCCUGGCAGGCAGCUGUGUAUCAUUAUGACAGGACUGUGUAUGGGGGUGUCCUGGUCCAACCCCAGUGGGUACUCACAGCUGCCCGCUGCUUCAGCAACAAAAGCAAGGUGAGGCUGGGUCACCACAGCCUGAGUGCUGAGGAAGACACUGGUCAGUAUGUCCCUGUCAGACGCUCCAUCCCACACCCAUUCUGCAACAUGAGCCUUCGAAAGCACACAUCUCUCAGCCCCGAUGCCGACAACAGCCACGACCUGCUGCUGCUGCUUCAGCUGAGUGAGCCAGCCAGCAUCACAGAGGCCGUGAGUGUGAUGAGCCUGCCCACUGAGGAGCCCAAGCUGGGGAGCCACUGCCUAGCAUCUGGCUGGGGCAGCACCAGUGUAUGCCUGGCUAUCAGAGCAAGGAUGCUGCAGUGUGUGGGCCUCAACCCCAUGUCCAACGAUGUCUGUGAGAACGCUUACUCACAGAGGGUGACAGAAUUCGUGUUGUGUGCUGGGCACCAGAAAGGCAGCAAAGACACCUGCAUGGCGAGCAGUCCUAAUCCCUAG